CGAGGAAGGAUUUGAAUUUGAUUCCAAGGUGCUGCCGCCCGAGUUUGUCGGGUUGGAUAAGAAAGAGAAAAGGGUGCGCGACGUGGCGAACGAUUGGAAGGCUGUCCGGGAGCUGGUCAAGGAGGAGGUCGAGGAAGAGUUGAAGGGCCAGAGGUGACACACGUCAUAGGAGGAAGAAUAAUGAUGGUGUAUAAUGGUGGGAUCCGUAUGUCGGACGAUACUUCGAUACCUCCCAUGGUGCUGCUGUUGUUGUCUGUUCUUCCUCCCUUUGCAUACAUCACCAUUCAUGCUCUAGAACCCAGCCCGAGUGGCGUGGCUGACGAGUUGGUAUAUAGACGGCGGUGUCAUACGCGAAAAAUGGAAUCGAAUAUCUUCCAAUUAAUUUUAUCAUCCUCUGCUCGCAUUCUCUGCCAGUCUCUGCAGAAACGGCCUGACGCACGGCCUCCUACUGUUCGGCUUCCUACAUCUUUCCUUCAUACACACAGCUGCAAUGACCAAGCCGCAGUGGCGGAGCGCAAGGGGUUAUCAGAAUGCCCAUCUCAUCGUUCCUCAUUAAUGAAAGCCAUGCAUGCAUGCAUAAUAUACAAAGACGCCGUCGUCCGCUAUAGCAAACAAGACCCACCCCAUCUCUUCUCUCCAAAUGAACAGCGCCCCAUUACCACAGACACCCUGUCUUUCAUCCUCACUGCUUGCUGCGCUCUUAGGUCUCACCCAACCAACCUCUUCCUCCUCUCAGCUCAACCCCCCUCCUCCGAAUCGUCUAAACCCUUCCUUGGCCCCACUUACGUGCCCUUUCGGCUCCAUGUCUUAUUCUCACAGGCAUAAUUCCCACUCCUUCGGGGGGCGUAAGCCACCUCCGGCCGUCCACCCACGCUUGGGCGUCAAUAGCCCGGGCUACGGCGCGCUGACGGUACAUUGUAGGCCUGUUUUGCUCCUUUCCCUCCUCGAGCCCGGCGGCGACCACGAGCGCGG